GAUCGAGGUACCUCACCAGGAAAGCAACCGAUCGGCCGCCCAUUGAGAACUACGUACUUGUUAUAGUGGCGAGAGAAAAUCGUCGCAGUCGCUCGAUCUUGAUAUAAUGGAACAAAACGAGGCUCUAGCAGCUAACGAAUUAGGAGACCACGUUGGAGAUGUUGAAGAUUCGGCCAGGCGGCAUCGAUUUUUCUCUGGACCUUCAAAGUUUGCAGCAGUUGUCGGGCAGGUUGUCGCAGCGAAGAACCACGAUGUUUUCCAAACUUUGCAAGAGACAUUGGGGGUCCUUCAAGAUGAGGCGGAAGUAUCAAGGGAUUCACACAAAAAAGAGGGUCUUUGGUGUCAUCCAUUUGAAAUUCCUCGCCAUCCCAUAGAGCAGAUUGAAAUGAAAAACGAAGAAAUUGACUUGGAAAGACAACAGUCCAAGAUGAUAGAGAGCUUAACUCCAGAUGAUUUCUCAGAGAUAGAGGAAGCCUUGAAGAAAGAUAAAGACGAUGAGCUAGGCUAUGGUGCAGAGCGACUUCCUUUUUAUCAAAGGCUGUCUAUUUCCGGCGGAGAUAUAAGCGGGGUGUCCAUUGAUGAGCUGCAGCAGGCUGCCAAGCUCCUAGUAGAGGCCUUGUUCAUCAGAUCAAAGUAUAUGGCCAUGAGCAUGCAAAGCUUUUGUUCCACAACUGCUCGGAAACUGAAGACUGUGCAUGAAGAUUUUGAUACAGAGGCUCAGUACUUUCACUUAAAGAGACAUUCCAUUGAUGACGAUUUAGACACCUGCCUUCUACAGCCAUUUUCAAUUCAGUCACCAUUUGACAUUGAGGUACCUGGUGACUGUGGGUAUAUCUUUGAGAUGAUUGAUGGUGUCUACCAUAUCACAGCUUGUAAAAGAGACGUCACCAGUGAUUUUACUGUCAGUGACUCAGCCCAACCAGUAACACACCCUGCUCCAAAUCUCCAGGAAUUUUUUGAAGAUCAAAACAUUCUCCUGGCUCUAUCAACUCAUGGACCUAUAAAGUCAUUUGCGCACCGACGUUUGAAGUACCUAGAUUCUCGACACAGUCUUCAUUCCCUGCUAAAUGAGAACAGGGAACUAGCAGCUAUGAAGGAUGUUCCACAUAGGGACUUUUACAAUGUUAGAAAGGUUGACACUCAUGUACAUGGAGCAUCCUGUAUGAAUCAGAAACACUUGCUGCGUUUUAUAAAACGGAAAAUGAAGUAUAAUGCUGAGGAUUUAGUUACGGUCCAUGAAGGAAGGGAGAUCACAUUACGAGAGGUCUUUGCCAUGUUGAAGCUGACCCCAUAUGAUCUAAGUGUUGACAGAUUGGAUGUACAUGCUGACAGGAACACUUUCCACCGCUUUGACAAGUUCAACACCAAGUACAACCCCAUAGGUGAAAGCAGGUUGAGGGAGAUCUUUCUCAAGACAGACAAUCACAUCAAUGGCCGUUACUUUGCGGAGAUGUUGAAGGAAGUCAUAGCUGAUUUAGAAGAAAGCAAAUAUCAGAAUGCUGAAUACAGGAUAUCCAUUUAUGGGAGAGCAAAGAAUGAAUGGGAUAUCCUGGCUUCUUGGGCAGUUCAACAUGACAUGUAUUCAGACAAUGUGCGCUGGCUCAUUCAAAUUCCUCGACUGUAUGAUAUCUAUCGAUCAAAGAACAUUGUGAACAAUUUCCAAGAGAUGUUGGAGAACAUCUUCCAUCCAUUAUUUGAGGCCACAGUCAAUCCACAGGCACACCCAGACCUUCACAAAUUUCUUACUCAGGUUCUUGGCUUUGACAGUGUGGAUGAUGAGAGCAAAGCUGAAAGUCAUUUGUUUUCAACCAAAAGCCCUUUGCCUGCCGACUGGAACAACACAGACAACCCACCCUAUGCAUAUUACCUCUACUACAUGUAUUCCAACAUAGUGGUGCUAAACCACUUACGAAAGGAGCGUGGUUUUAACACAUUUGUUUUGCGACCUCAUUGUGGAGAGGCUGGUCCUGCCCAUCAUUUGGUAUCAGCAUUCAUGUUGGCUGAGAACAUCUCUCAUGGUCUUCUUCUUAGGAAGGUACCAGCCCUGCAGUACCUCUACUACCUGGCUCAGAUUGGAAUUGCCAUGUCUCCCCUGAGCAACAACUCUCUCUUCCUUAACUAUCAGAGGAAUCCUCUCCCAGAUUUCCUGGGUCGCGGCCUGAUGGUAUCAUUGUCAACAGAUGAUCCCCUCAUGUUUCAUUUUACAAAGGAACCACUGAUGGAGGAGUACAGCAUUGCAGCUCAGGUUUGGAAACUCAGUCCAUGUGACAUGUCAGAACUGGCUAGAAACAGUGUGGUUAUGAGUGGCUUUGAAAACAAGGUGAAACGUCACUGGAUUGGUGAUAACUAUGGCAAAGAAGGACCUGCUGGAAAUGAUGUAACAAAGACCAAUGUUCCGGAUAUUCGGGUUGCGUUCCGUCAUGAGACUUUGGUAGAGGAACUGAGCACACUCUGCACGGCUGCACGUGUCUAGUGUAUGUCUGCUUGUUAACAUGUGUCCAAUGUACGAAUGCACAUCACCAAAUCACAUCAGUUAAACAUGUAACAGACAUAUUCAACUUCCUUUGAUAUUAUAGAUCUCAAGCCAGCCCAGUCCAAGAUAUUUACUCCAGAGAGAGGCCUAGCUCCCUUUCCCAGCCUUAAUUGGGUUUUAAAAGAAAUAUGAAAAAGAAAUUAUUGAGAUCUCGAGUCAGUAAAGUAUAUUAAAAUCAAUUCAAUGAGGGUAUAUGAGACAAUUAUACUUUAUUUAUUGAUAUUAGACAGCAGUCAUCGAUCAAUGCCUCUCAUUUAAACUUCUUUAUGAGCUAAAGAACUAAGAUUGAAAAAUGAUAAUCUCUUUGGGACACUGUAAUGGUCACAGUGGUAGCAUUAUUUUGGCAUAGGGAAGACAAAAUUCUUACUUAAGGUAUUGAAAUUAUUAUAGAUAAAAUACUGUUCAUUCAAUUGACAUGCAUUUGCUUGAAAAUAUUAGACAUGAUUUAUUUAUGUUUCCAAUAAGUGAUGUAUGGCUCAUUACGCAAGAUGUCACCUGAGCAUACAGCCACCAUUAUUUAAAACAUUUGUCCCCACUUAUAGUGGAGGCAAAAAAACAGAUUAUUUGCGAGCAUUUUUUUCUGCUCAAUCAUUUUCUCUUUAAUGUAAUUUAUGAAUUGUAUUACUGUCAACACAUCUUUGAUAUAAACAUAAAUUGUAUUUUUGGGAUGUAAGUUGAAAUGGAAAUGAGUUAUUGAGAUUUUAUUUUUAUUUAGUAUACUACAAUAUGAAAAGUUUGUGUAAAA